AGAGUUGCGAGUUGGGUUGAUAUUUUUGGCUCCCUAGGAUCAAGACAUUCCUGUUCUCGUGAGCUCGGAUUUCUAUAGACCCGCCAAUGGCCGUUGAGAGGCGUCCAAGUAAGUGUCCGCUCUUGCAUUUUAUUUUAUGUUUUGUGGCAUCGGAUUAUUGUCAUUUGGGUGCCCAUGCUGGACACUUCCCGUCAUUCAUGCCGCGCUCUGGCAGUUUCCGUCUGUUUCUUUUAAUUCCCUCGGGUAAAAAUGAUCGAAGAUAUUCCCCGCCACCCUAUUCUGUUGAUUUUGUCAAUUUUUCCCUUCGCUUCUUUGGUUUUGAUUGCUGCGGCGGUAUGACACACGCUGUAGCUAUUUCUCUCGUGCAGUGUCGUCCUUCGCUCUGUGGUAAAAUCAGAGGCCAUGUUCUGGAAGCUACAUGUCAGUUAUCCCGCAUCGAAGGAUGAC